AGAGCGAAGCCUACAGUUGUUGAUAGUGUCGCUAUAGUAGAUAUGGACCCGCAGUUUAAAGACAAAGACGACGUGGCCCAUACAGUCGAGAGGCUCAAGCAGAAAUAUUUACAGAGGACGAAACAGUUACCACCGUCAGAAGACAUUGCCUCAGGUACCAGUGAUGGGGCAGUACAUAGGCUCAUUUUGGCCAACAGAUCCAAACAGCCGAGAAAAGAGUUGAAAGGCUACAGCAAAGCUUUACAUGAGCUCUUCAAAGCAGUGUCCAACCAUCCUGACCAGUUUGGCUGUGAUCGUGGUCUGCAUGGCAGUAAUGAGGACCUGAGUGGGGACUCUACAGCUGCAGCACUUCAGGAUUCCCAGGUGCUGUUAACAGAAACAGAUGUGACCUUGUCUUCCUGUCUGGAUGGUAGCCCUGGGUCCCAGGAAACUGAGACAGAUGGGGAGUUGCGGAGAGCUCACCAACUCCCUGACUCCUGCCGUUCCUCCUCCUUAGUACUAGCAAAGGUGUACCAGGAGAUGAUGACCAUCUACGAACAACUAAAAGCAGAGCGACAAAGCCAGCAGCAGUGGGAGAGGGAGCUGCAGGAACGAGAGAGGAGGCUGAAGCAGCAGGAGGAGGCUGUUGGGAGGCAGGCCGGGCUGGAGGAGAUGCUACACACUCGCAUACUAGCUGUAGAGGAGAAACACCAGGAGGAGGUGAGCCAGCUGCAGGGUCUUGUUCAAGAGAAAAGCAAGGAGAACAGGAGGCUCAAGUCCAGCUUUGACACCAUCAAGGAGCUGAAUGACAACAUGAAGAAACAGCUGAAUGAGGUCAGUGAACAGAAUAAAAAGUUGGAGAGCCAAUCCAAGAGGGUGCAGGCUCGACUUGAGAACCUACAGAGGAAAUAUGAGCUCAGCGUAGCAUCAAGAGGCCUUCAAAAAGUGAGUCUAAAGAGCACAGAGUGUGUAAAACCAUCCAAAAUGGAGAAAACUUCUGCCUCAGGAAAACCCAGCAACAAGGGCAGCUCCAGUCCCUCCCCACCAAAGCUCCUGGCCCUCCUUCUAGACUGGGUGCUUGAUGGCCAGACGUUCUCAUCGGUAGCAGGAAGCGAAGGGAAAAGUGUUGGCCAGUGUCUGCCGCCAGAGGUCGUACUCAACGAGAGAUGCCUUAAGGUGCUGCCGUUACUAGCAGAUCAGCUUCGUCACACUCCUUCGUCAGAACCUGACCUCCUCCUCAACGUUCUUCGCCUCAUCCAUUGGGCUUUGAGACACAUGGACAGCAAUACACAGGUGCAGUGGUUAGUGUUGUCACCUCACAGCAAGAGGGUUCCCGAUUCGAACCCCGGGAUGGGGGACCUCCUCUGUGUGGAGCUUGCAUGUUCUUCCCGUGUCAGCAUGGGUUUUCUCCAGCAUGUAGCACUAUCUGCUACUCUGCGGCGGAUAGGAGAGGAAGUAUCAAAGCCUCCAGGCCAGUUAAUGGUGCCGCAGUCUGAAGAUCCAGACCUGCCCAAGUCUUGCAGUGGGGCUGGUGGUGGACCCUGCAGGAGCUGGCCUCUUUACUGCAGCCCCUGUCCUCACACACGCAUCCUCUCCGCCCUCAUCAUCCUCCGCACUGUCACACAAGCUGACGUACUGGCCCAGGCUCUGGACAGUCUCCACACCGAGCUGAUGUCUGAGGAGAGCCGAGGCCUUUUCGUCCACUCUGGAGGAGUGUGUGUGCUGCUGUGGAUGCUUUGGGCUGGACGUGGAGGUCUGCGCACACCUGUAGACAUCCUGAUGCAGCUAACUGAACAGUCUCGCUACUUAAAUCCCUUCCUGGAGGCGUGUAGCUGCGAGGAGUUUUUCCGAACAGUCUCCCAGCUUCUUAAAAACCCUCGUCUUGAGCUGCCGUCGCUGGAGAAGCUCUCCAUCCUUCUACAGAAGCUCUCCACAAUCAGGAAGAACCGUCGUCUGUUUGAACUGUCCUCCCUCCACCUUCAAAUACAAGAACUUUAUCACAAAGCCAACCACACACACACCUUCCUCUGCCUUAACCUCAGGUCCAUCCUCCACAACCUUAGAUAACACACACACUCAUGUGUUUCACUUUCUCAUACUCGAUUAAAGGCCUCUUUAAAAAUUCCGACUUCCCGUUACAAUAAAGAUGACUUGCCUUAUGUUUUAGUACUUCAGAACAUUGCUUUGUCUUUCAUGUGUGCUCAAACUGUAAUAACCAUGUUUCGUACUUCAAGGCUCCAUGCGGCUCUACCUCAAAAUAACAUAUGCAGACGCACAUUCUUUAUUUAUUUAUACAGCAAUGUGUUUUUGAAUUUCUUUUAUCUGUCAGAAGUGUUUUGUUUUUUUUAGCGUUGUGUAUGUUUUGCACUUUGCGACCCAUCUGUUUUUAUGUUUCACAAUGCUAAUCUGAUGUCUUGUCUUCUGUUCUUUCUGCGAUGAAAACGAGUGUCAUGCUUGCCAGUGACCUUAAUGGGUGUCUGAUGUGCGUGAAGGAAGAGAGGCUGUGACUGUGAAGCUUUUAAUGACAAUAAACAAAAAGAACUGAAGGACAUUAAGAUUGGACUGCAUAUGAAAUGCUGAGAUCCAUAUGUUUUGCAUAAACUCGUCUUAUUUGUUUGUUGCAGAGCAUGGGUGGGUUGAUGGGAGUAAUGGUCUCAGUAUGGGACACACUGGUAGUGCUGGUUGAUGGAGGAGAUUGGACGGACUGGAACAAUUACAGCUGAUAUUUAAAAUGUACCGGGGAGUGCUGGUCUGAAUUUGAAAGUUGUGCAUCCAGUUUUUUAAGACUCUCGCAGCCUCCGAAGUCCUGAAUUAACUGCAUGUUAGUUGUUGUGUUCUGAUCAGGGUUAAAGAAGUCAAGAAAGAGAAUUGGAUGAAAGAUUUGCAAGAUAUUAUGACCUUGGAUUACAUAUUUGUCGUAGAAUGUAGAAUACAGUAUACUUCUCUACGAGGCCCAUAAAUCGAAUUGAUGAGUCUACACGUGAUUUGGACAAAUUUACGGAUAACAGGAUGAGCCCCUUGAGAGGCAUCAUCUGUGAAUAUUACAAGCAAAAGCAACUUGAUUUCAAAUAAGAAAGGACAUCUUUAGAGACUGACGGAACAAGAAGACAAAGCUGUCUGUGUUUUGUUUUACUGUGUACACCGCAUUCCCUACACCAUGCUCCCCGUUCAUGGAAUGUCGGUUAUGGGAACUUCCUUGACAAUAUUCUUCCAUUCGGAACACCCUGCAAUGUCACCAAUGCAGACAUCACUUCCUCCAUGUAUUAUCCUAGUAACGUAGACAUCUCACAUACCUCUUGCUUCUACCAUGAAAAUUUUAAAACACUGAAAUAAAAUAUUGGAAUAUA